UGUGUGUGUGAUUUUUAUAAUUCGAAAUUAUUGUAAUUGGUUAAAGACUUCAGAACUUUAAUUACUCUGUACUUAUUUAACAUGGAAAGCGUAAACGUAAUAACAAUUCCGAGUGAUAUGUUAAAGCUUAUUCCUCUUUUUGGUGGAGACAAAAGAAUUUUGAAUUUAUUCUUUCGAAAAUGUGAAUAUAUAAUUAAUAAAUUUAGAGGGCAUGAAGAACAGAAUAUUUACGUUUUACAUGCCAUAACUAGUAGAUUAAUAGGCGAUGCCGCCGCGUUAUUAUCCGAGCGCGAAGACAUUAAUACUUGGCCCGCUUUAAAGGAAUUACUAGAACAGCAUUUUGGUGAUCCGCGUAGUGAGGAUUGCACAAAAAUCUCUCUCGAGUCCUGUAAAAUUAAAUCCGGCGAAAGUUACCUUGAAUUUUGUAAUAGGAUACAGAAUAUUCGAUCAUUAUUAAUAUCGAAGGUAAAUUUAUCAGUAGAUACGGAAAUUAAACGCGCGAAAAUUGCGAUUUAUAAUCAUACAGCCCUAAACGUUUUCUUGUAUAAUUUACCCGAAAGCAUGGUGCGUAUUGUAAGACUAAAAUCACCUAGUACAUUAGAACAGGCUUUAGAAAUCGUUUUAGAAGAAGUUAAUUUUCACGAGCAAUACCAAUCACGCAAUCGUAUCCACAAUAAUACAACGGUGCCGAAGCAAACGCCUAACGUUACGGUGCCCCAAUUUUUACAAAAUAAUUCUCAACAAAGAUUUAAUUUUGGGAUACCAAAUUUCGGGUAUAGGCCUUCAUUCAAUCAAAAUCCACAAUUUGGUUAUAGGCCUCCUCAAACUCUUGGUAUGAAGCCACAGAAUUUCGGUCAAAGACCUCCUCAAAAUAACCACUUUGAGACUACUGACGUUUCCAUGAGGACGGCACCCCCUCGACCACAAAAUAUAACUCAGCCAGGUUUUAGAGUGAACGAAACCGACUUACUGUAUAAUGACAAUUAUUACUAUGACUACAAUCCUUACGACUAUACGAAUUACUAUAGCUAUAAUCCUUACGACUAUACGAAUUACUAUGGCUGUAAUCCUUACGAUACGAAUUACGAAUACGAUGAGAAUGAGAUUUAUACACCCACUGACGAUACUCAAGACAUUAAUGUGCUUCCGUCUGAUGAAAAAAAUUUUCAAACGAAAGCCUCUACCAAGAAAAAAUCAUAGAAUCAAAUUGCGAUCCAAAUCUGAAAUUGCCACACAUUUAUAUUCCUGAAAUUAAUUCCAAAUUUAUGAUUGAUACUGGGAAGCAAAAUUUA